UUCAACAUGGCUCCUUCCUGAUUUGCGGGCAGCAUUAAGGUUGAAUAGAACGUCCAUUUUACCGGCGUGCGAAGUUUUAACGAAACGACAGUCGUAAUGAAAUUUUAUCGCGAACCUGUUGUGUGCGUGUCACUUGUGUGUAUUUGGCUUAGUUUAGGAUGGCAAUGCGAAUGUCUCGAACCCGUCACAGUGUCCACGGCGAUUGCAGCAGGCGCUGCUUUGGGCGUUUCAGUGAUGUACGCCGGGUGGAACGCUCUUAAAUGCAAAAGUUCUGAAUGCUGCGCGGCUCCUUGGGUGACUGACAACGUCAAGGGUUUAGACAACAUGCUCAAGUUUCGGUUGCAUGGACAACCACUAGUGCAUCGUGCCAUCGUGCGGGCUCUGAAGGACCACUUCCAAAACCCAGCACCAAAGAAAGCUCUGGUGCUGUCGUUUCAUGGCUGGACAGGUGGUGGUAAAAAUUAUGCCAGCUCCAUGAUUGCAGAAGCACUUUACAAAGAGGGCAUGAACAGCAAAUAUGUCAGCCUUUAUGUCUCCACAAAGCACUUUCCUCAUCAGGAUGAGGUACCCAAAUACAGAAAAACAUUGCAGAAGGAGAUUGAGGCAAAGGUGAAGGAGUGUGGACGGUCAUUGUUUAUCUUUGAUGAGAUUGACAAAAUGCCGAAUGGCCUUAUUGACAUCAUUAAGCCCUACCUCGAUUUUCAUGAGAAGCUAGACGAAGUUGACUACAGAAAAUCCAUCUUCAUUUUUCUCAGUAACACUGCUGGAGAUGUGAUCGCCCGUGCCACACUGGAUGCCUGGAAGGAUGGCAUAGAUCGUAGCAAGGUCAGGCUGAAUGACAUGGAAAAAGUAAUUGAGUUAGGGAGCUUCAAUGAAAAAGGAGGCCUCUAUCGUGCUGACAUUGUGCAGAAGAACUUGAUUGAUGUGUUCGUGCCAUUCCUGCCACUUGAAAGGAAACAAAUCAUGGCCUGCAUCCGAGAUGAGUUCAAACGCCGCAGCCGCACAGCUAAUGACAAACUUGUAGAAGACAUUGCCAAUGAACUGGACUAUAUACCAGCAGAAUAUUCACUAUACUCUUCGACAGGGUGCAAGAAAAUUCACCAAAAGGUGGCUCAGCACUUGGGCUUCUCAGAAAAGAUAUGAGUAGGGACUUCUAUUUUUUUUUUUUUUUUACCUUUUACCCAGUACUCAGGAAUUGCACUUGCUUUCUGUGGGCAAUACAAAACCAGGCUUUCUUUUCUCUGUUUGUUUCUGUCAGCACCAGCAAUGGUUUUGCUCUUUGAGUCAGUGAUACUGCGUGCAUCUGUUGACACUAUUGCUGGCUUCGAUUCAUUUUGUGGUGUCUCCACCAGAACAAUGCCUACGUUUGAGGACCAGUUAUAUGGAUAACAGAGAUAUAAUGUGUGUGGUGUGUGCGAGUGAGAUCUUACUGGUAGUUUCACGAACUUCAACCACCACAUAGAAAUCAGCCUGUUCACCUUUAGCCUUUAGUACACAUGCUCCAUUUUACACAAACGCUAGCUGGAGCCACAGCUUAUGAAUGAGGUUUUCUAUUCUUGCUAAUCAGAAGCAGUCUUGCGUUUGGGCCAGUAUUUGGCUUCAUCACAGCAUAGAUUUGGUGCAAGUGCAAUUUCUGGAUACUGGUGUCACUCGUCUGAAAGACCGUUCUGAGAGAGAUGCGUUGGUUCAAGCCUGGUGCUUGUGAUUGCCCAUCUAGGCAUGCUGCUCUCAACAAUUUCAAUUUCAUAUGUUCAGUAAAAAAGAAAAUCCAUACCCUGCGAGAUAGGCAGUUACUCUGAAUUCUUUUUUUUUGUGCAUCAUCAUGUGUGCUGUUGCUAUUUAACAUCCAAGUAUCUUGGCACAUUAUGAACAUUAACGGACAUGCAGGAUGAAUUGCAGGGUUAUGAAUCUGAAGCACAAUUGCGAAUAUAAAGGAGUAGUACGCUAGCAUAAAGUAGACAAGGUAAAUAGAUCCACUACUUUCAUGUGACUGUGUUUGCUAUUGUUCCCCAAGUUGCGCAUCCAGUUGUGGACAAGAAAAAGAAAUUAAAAUGUGUUAAUGCCAUUGGGCUUUUUUUACAUUGAUGAUGAUGUAUGGCUUCUGAAGCUGUGUUUUACAGCAGCUUUUUUUUUAUUCUCCACUAGUUGUGCAAAACGCGCUCUCAAUGUAAACUUUAUGAUCUUGUCCUCAACCACCAAAAUAUAAUCGCGUUGCCACUUUUAAAAUAUGGGCCUAUAAAGCUUUUGGAGGACUUGUUUUACAUAAUCCAGAAGUUGACAUAAGCUUGAUACUAUGACAUGUGUUGAAGCAUGUCUUAAUUUAUGAUCAUGAUUAUUUUUUUUUAUUUACCGUAGAGGCACUCCAAUAUCUUAGUACUAAAGCACGCAAAAUAAGUAAAGGCCCAGAUAUUAAGAAAAACACAUGGCCUUAUUCCACGGCAGACACCUACAAUACAACCUUCAAAAUGCAUAGUAUAUUUCAAGGCCAUGGAAAACAUGUUAAAUUAAAAUGGUCAUUGACAAAACGAAAUAAGCACUCAAAUGCAUACACUCCCAAUUUUUGUUUUGCUGACAAUCCCAGUUUUACAUUGCAUUUUUCUGUCUUUUUGUGGAGGUAACCCAAUGGAUGCUUAAAAUGUGAUAGCAGUCACACAUGAUGUUGGCAGCUAGUGAUGUGGCGCAGAAGAAUGAGUGCAACAAUGGUCAUUGUUGAUGUUAAAAGCUGACAAUGAAUAGUUACUGUCAAUAUUUCUAUUUCAUGUAUGAAUUCAACCUUCCAUUACUGUAGGAGAAGACAUUAACAUGUACAACACUCUUGGUGCCCUGAAAGCUGCCUGAACCCUGAGCACUUGCCAAACUUUUUUGUGUCAGUUGAAACAUGGUGUGAGCAAGUUGAACGUUUGGUUCAGUCAUUCUCGCCCUGGAAGUUUAUUAGUGGAAGGAUAUGCUAAAGCUGAUGAACAUUUACAUAGUACUGAAUCUGCAGCACAAAUUGGAGCCCAUGUAACAAUUAACUUAUCGUAUUGUGUUGGCAGUGAUGCAGUCAUGCCGUGCUUUUGUAGUUCAUGUGGUUUUUUUUGUGCAUGUUUAUUUCAGGCUUUGAGGUUUAUGUCUAAGAUUUUUACUAAUGUGGUAUCUACUGGCCCGUUUAUUACUCAUAAAGCUUUGUAAAUCAUUAGCAGUUUAAAAACAUGUUGAGAUUAACCAUCAUAUCAGUGGCAUUUCACUCCAUGCAUGCAACAGAGUGCUGCUGCUUGCAUAACAUUUUGUUGUUUCGGAGGGCCUUCUGUAAAUGCAGGCUGUGCACCAAACAGACAAAGACAAGCUCAGUGAAACUAGUUUAUACUGUCAGCUACCAAAUUUAGCAGGCAAUGUUUGCUUCAUCCUUCCAUUUUCUGACUUUGCUAGUAGAUUUAACUUAAAAAAAAAGGGGUACAUUUUACUUUAAAUGUUCUGUCUCUAGUCAUGUGAGACCCUCUGCCUUAACAAGUGUGUGCUGAAUUUGGAAAAUGUCUACUAUUGUGUAUGGGCUGCAAGAUGAGUAGUCAUGCCUUACAUCUCGACAUUUAGCCAGGUGAUUUUUUUUAACUAGUGAGAACUGAUUCCUAAAUGCUGUUUCUCCUUCAGGAGCAUGUUACUGUGCAUAGAGUCAGUGUUUCUCUGAUUUUAGGAAUGUUUUUUAAGGUGUUGCAUGCCUGUCUUGUUGCAAAUGCCUCGUUAUACAAGUGAUACAACCCAGCUAUCAAGGUAAGCAUUAUUUGUGAAGUGAUAUUUUGAAGUGUACAGUAUGCUUUUGUAACAUGCAGGAUAGUGUGUUCUACUAAAUUUAUAAUUGUAUCAUUGGUGCGUAAUAAAUUUUUGUAAAUUAGAUCUCAAUUGAAAUAAA